GACGUGAGGUGAGGGGGGCGGUGAGUCGCUCCUCCUCGUGACCCAGAAUAUCUCCCCCCUCCCUGUGAUGAUGAGCUUGCUUUUCCAUAAGGGCUUUCCUUUGAUUCAGGGAAUGGGCCAACCAAUGAGAGAGGGGCAUGUUAGAUUAUUUUGGGGAAGGGCUCAUGCCAAGAGGGUUCACUUUUACUAGGCGCCAAGUGUCCCCAGCAACCAGUGUCUCCUGUACCAGUGGGAACUCCAGAACUCUCACCCCCUUGCCUGCCUCUGCCUCGUCUUUGCCCACGGAACAACCAUGAGAAGGCAGAUCCGGUCCAGAAGGGCUCCGGCCUCUCCUUACGGUUAUCGCUCCAGACUUGACGAUCAGGAUGAAGUGAACCAGAACUACUUAGCAGAUGAAGAGGAAGAAGCUGAAGAAGAAGCUCGGGUGACGGUGGUACCCGAUCUGGAGGAGGAGGAGGAAGAGGAGGAGGAGGAAGAAGAGGAGGAGGAGGAAGAGGAGGCGAAGGCGGAGGAAAAGGGUCCGGGUCAGCCAGCAGGCAAUGCCUGGUGGCAGAGAUGGCAGAUCAUGAACGAAUACCUGUGGGAUCCGGAGAAAAGGAUGUCUCUGGCCCGAACAGGUCAGAGUUGGAGCCUGAUUUUAGUCAUUUACUUCUUCUUCUAUGCCUCCCUGGCUGCUGUGGUCACUCUCUGCAUGUACACGCUAUUUCUGACCAUCAGUCCUUACAUGCCGACCUUCACCGAGAGGGUGAAGCCUCCUGGAGUUAUGAUUAGACCCUUCGCCCAUAGCCUUAACUUCAACUUCAACGUUUCUGAACCUGACACUUGGCAGCAUUAUGUCAUUAGCCUAAAUGGCUUUCUCCAGGGUUACAAUGACAGUCUUCAAGAGGAAAUGAAUGUAGAUUGUCCCCCGGGGCAGUACUUCAUCCAAGAUGGCGAUGAGGAGGAAGACAAGAAGGCCUGCCAAUUUAAGCGCUCCUUCUUGAAGAACUGCUCUGGCUUGGAAGACCCUACUUUUGGCUACUCUACUGGACAGCCUUGCAUCCUUCUAAAGAUGAACCGGAUUGUAGGCUUUCGUCCUGAGCUUGGGGAUCCUGUGAAGGUGUCCUGCAAAGUUCAGAGAGGUGAUGAAAAUGACAUCCGAUCCAUCAAUUACUACCCAGAGUCGGCUUCUUUUGACCUUCGCUACUACCCUUACUAUGGCAAACUGACUCACGUUAACUACACCUCCCCGCUGGUGGCAAUGCACUUCACAGAUGUGGUGAAGAACCAAGCCGUGCCUGUCCAGUGCCAGCUGAAGGGCAAGGGCAUCAUAAAUGAUGUCAUCAAUGAUCGUUUUGUGGGUAGGGUGAUCUUUACUCUGAACAUAGAAACCUAAGAACUUUGCGGGGCACUCCCACUAGUUCUGUUUCUGUUUUAUUUCAUGUAACCCCUGGUAGGACCUGAAUUCUUUUUCUUUGCUCAGGACACAGCCAGAUGGACACCUAAGACAGCAGAUCAUCUUUCCUUGCCUUUGACAUAUGUAUAAAAUGACACUGUGGGAUUGAUUUUUUAAAGGUAGUCUCUCCUGAUAACAAAUAGAUGAUUUUAAUUUCCUUUCCCCCUACUUAAAACUAAAACCCAUUCGUGCUGCUAGAGGUCUCACCAUAGUGUAAACGUAGUAUCUGAUAAAAUUCACAAGAGCCAUGAAGGAGAAUUUCUAUAACGAUUUUAAAUUCAUCGUGUUUUGUAAAAUUUUGUUGUUUUUAGAGGUGAGAUUCCUCCCAACCAGGCUGAUAAGCUUUUUUUUGUUUCUGGUUGUGGUUGUUUUUUUUUUUUUUUUUUUUUUUAAAUUUUUUCUUAACCUACCUGGCAAGUUCCUUCCCUGGGAAUCACCAAUCAGAACAACUCAGAAUACACCUAGGGCUAUCAUACCUAGAGAACUCUAUAUCCAAGGGUGCUUGAGGAACUGGCUGUCUCAUAUGGGCAACUAAAUAAUACUGAUUUGAAGACUAGGUUAUCUUCAACUGGGACACAAAGCAGUGCUAACUGGAUAUCGUUCUGGAAUACAAAUGAACACCUUUCCUAUGACUUUUGGGGGGAGGUGAGGUCCAUAGCAACUGGGGCGAAUACUUACCAUGUGGAUGUGAUUGGCAUUUGAUUCCUUGCUCUGUGGUGUGAUCAUCCAAAGGCAAACAUUCCUGCACACAGGUUUGUCUCCGAUGCAGGCAAAGGAGAAAACGAGGAAGAUCUCCACCCGCUAAUUAUUCUUGGGCCCUAUGCCUGGCAGUGAUAUAAGGUCCUUUGAGACCAUCCGGGAGGGGCAUUGGUGAGCCCCAGCUACAGCUCUAGGGAUUGAAAUCACGGUCUGCCAACUGAUACACAGUAAGACAGAAAGCUCCCCCCGGGCUUCCCCCAAACCCAAGGCCCAUUUCUGGUGCUUCAUGUGCCCAGAAAACGAUGCGGGGCAGGUGUUCAUCCAGGUUGUAGGUCAGCCAGGCUGCUUUGUCUUCUCCGGCCACUCGACCGUUCCACAGCUUCUUAACACCUCCACCAGGGGGAGGGCUGGCACAAGGAGAAAAAGUGAGCAUUAGCCAAUUGCAUGGUGUCUCGGGGUCCAAAGAACGCUUCGGUGCCACCUAGAAAAGUGUCCAGAGUCUGAAUCUCCUCCCAAAACGGGGAACUGGCAAUCUGGUAGUGAAGACAAACAAGCAAAGAAGUAACUCUGAACGAGUGUGACGAGUUCGACGACUAGUAUGUGGAAAUGCUAUGGGAACAUGAGGAAAAGUACCUAACUUGAGCUGAAAAAGUAGCAGAGGAAAUUUCACAUGCGAAGUUAUAAUCACGAAAGACCACCGUGUGUUCGGGUAACUGGGAGCAGUUCGUGUGACUGGAGUGUAAGGGGCUCAGAGGAAUGGCCGGGAGUGGCAGGGGAUUGGGCUAGAGGGGUAUACAGGUACUGAAAGAGGACUUCGAGUUUAAUCCAGUAGGUGAAAAGGAGUCCUUCAAGUAUGUUAAGCAGGGAAGCUCUGUGAUCAUAUUUGCACUUUGGAAAGAGCACUUUGGCAGCUAGAGUGACGGGGGGUGGGUGUUGGAGAGGGCAAGACUGGGGAAUGGGCACUGAGGGAGAAGGAGGAGUCAGGAAUGCCUCCGAGGUUUUGAACUUGGCUAGAACCAGUGCGAUGGUGACACUGUUGAUCGAGAUUGAGAAUCCAAGAGAGAAGCAAGAUUGGAGAGCAAGAUAUUCUCAACUUAAAGCUUGUGAUUCCUAUUGGUCAGACACCGAUGUGGAGAUGUCAACACAAGUGGGGUUGGGGAGAAGGAAAUCUGAGAACAAAAACAGCAUUUACUUAAGUGAAUGUUCUUAAGAAAUUCUAAGCUAUUUAAUUUCGGGAACUUGAGCCGUUAUGUAAACACGCCCCCCGGAUCUAGUCUCUCAGAUAGUGUUUUUCUCUUUAGCUUGUGGCAGAAAGCUCUGCCGCUGCUCUUUGGAAUCUCCUUCCCGUUUCCCAACUCUCGUCAACAGAGUAGAGGGGAGCCGACCUCUAUUAACAAGAUAAAAGAUACUCAACAGCCUAUCUGUGGAAAAUACAAAAAGACAAUGAAACUGUCUCCUCCCAACCCUUCCUUACCAAAUUCCAUUUCCAAAAUUAAUCUUUCAAAAGAAAGAGCAAAAUACCUGAAGACGGUAACUUUAAAACCAUUUCAAGAUUUCCUCAAACAAUCAAGCUCUCAAAAUUCAGUAGGAAAAGAUAAUAGAACAUUAGAUCUGGAAAGGAUACUAGAGUGUUUAGAGAAAACCUGCAUUGCAUCUGACUCCAGGUCCAGUGCUCUUUCUACUCUGAGCUGCUGCUUACCAGGAAGUACCAUCUUUUUAAAAAUCAAUGGAUGAUACCCCAAACAUUUUGAAACAUAUGUCAAAUUUGAGUUAGAAUAGUUAACAUUUCACAGGAACUCAACUACUGGUGCUAUAUAUACGUAAGACAUUAUCCUGUUAAAUACGUUGACUAUUACACAGACAAGGAAUUAUGAAUCUUUUGUCCUACAGUAUUUCUCAUUCAGUGGAAUCCAUUGUAUCCACAGUUUCCGAGCAGUAUUGAAUAGUACUAGGAUGGCUUGGGUUGUCAGAUGGGACAUGUAAGAAUAACUUUAUCACACAGAACUGGAAAUUAUCACUAAACUGGGAUUCUAACAGUUCAAUAAACUUCCGGUGGAUUAGUCUAAAUCUUCCCCCAUACCAUUUCAUACGGGGAUUUGAUUUGUAUACCAUCUGUUGCAAUGCACUUGGUUUUACUUGAUUGUCGAUGAGAAUUACUACUUCCAAAUGCCUUGUGGUUUUGUCCAUGCUAGAGUUAUGAUUUCUCACCCCUCUGAAAUCAUUACCCUAAAGUAACUUUUCUUAGGCAUCUAUUUGCUGAGAAUCUUCAUGUAGAAAACAUUAUUAUUGUAUUGAGGAAUUGUUGACAAUAAUAAAUUGAAAUAAAAAAGA